AUGCUAUCUCUCAACGGAAAGGUCGCCCUCAUUACUGGUCUCAGCCAGAGCCAUUCUGAGGGAUGGGGGAUUGGCGCCGCUAUCGCCGUUCUGCUAGCUCGACAAGGUGCCAAAGUUUUUGGCGGAAAUCGCACUCUUGCCUCAACAGUCUCCACCAAAGCAGCCAUUGAAGCUGAAGGUGGAAUCUGCGAUGUUGUGGAAACCGACGUGACAUCAAGCUCUUCAACCAAAGCUCUCGUCGAUGCCUGUAUAGCAAAGCAUGGACGUAUCGACAUUCUCAUCAACAAUGUGGGGAGAUCAGAGCCGGGCUGCCCUGCCACUAUGUCAGAGGAAACCUGGGAUUCCCGAGUCGAUUUAAAUCUCAAGAGUGUAUUCCUGAUGUGCCAGCAUGUUUUACCCAUCAUGGAAGAGCAGAGAAGUGGUGCCGUCGUUAGCGUUGCAAGCAUCGCUGGUUUGCGCUACAUCGGGAAACCUCAAGUCGGAUACUCUGCGACAAAGGCUGCGAUCAUGCAAUUGAUGAAAGCAAGUGCAGUCAUUUAUGCUCCGAAUGGCGUCCGAUUGAAUACCGUUGUUCCGGGGUUGAUGGAUACUCCUUAUACAAAGGGCUUGGUGUCCAGAUACGCUGUUGAUGGCCAAGCCGAAGAGUAUAUGAAGAUGCGAAACGUACAAGUUCCCAUGGGAAAAAUGGGUGAUGCCUGGGAUGUCGCUAAUGCCACAUUAUUCCUCGUCAGUGAUGAAGCGCAAUACAUCACCGGACAGGAACUCGUUGUCGAUGGUGGUAUCACAUCGUCGACAGGAAGAACAUGA